AUUAGCCUACUAUCACCAAAAACAAAAACGAGUAUGAAAUUUCCACCGAAUUGGUUCCACCAUCAUAUGAUUGUGACCCAAUGUCUCUUUCAAGUCAAUCUAGAGAGAGAAAAAGUCGCGCACUCAAGAAAGACGACAAAGCUUUCUUUCUUAUCACACACUGCAAAUUAAGCUCUCUUUCUGAUCACGCACUGCAAAUUAAGCUUCAAGUUUUAUGCACUUGGAGGAGAUUAAUUACAGGAGGAAAUAUGGUGAGAACUAUGCAGCUACCCAUACCCAAAGAGCUGAUGAAGAUAUGGGAUGUAUGGAAUCUGAGGGGCUGCAUUCUCUUGAGCCUUGCUAUUCAAGUUUUCCUAACGCUUUCCGCGCCGUUCAGGCAACAAUGCAGAAGCAUGUUGCUCCUAGGGUUGAUCUGGUCGGCGUACUUGCUCUCCGACUGGGUUGCUGCUGUUUCCAUCGGGGUAAUCUCCAAAAGCCAGUCAGGGACUUGCGACUCUGGAAAUAAUGAAGACCUUUUAGCAUUCUGGGCUUCAUUUCUUUUGGUGCAUCUUGGUGGCCCUGAUACGAUUACUUCUUUUGCUCUGGAGGACAAUGAGUUCUGGCUCAGGCACUUGCUUCAACUCAUCCUACAAGUCCUGGCAGCUGCGUAUAGUUUCUAUUUGACACUUGUCGAAAACAAGCUUUGGAUCCCGACGAUCCUAGUGUUUGUUGCCGGUACUAUCAAAUUUGGGGAGAGAACAUGCUGUCUUUACCUUGCAAGCUUGGACCAUUUUGGAGAGACUGCACUGCCAAAUCCAGAACCCGGUCCUGACUAUGAAGAGACCGUCGCGAUAUUUACUACAAUGAGGUCAGAAAAGGUAGGGAUGCCGCUGCCAACAAGGCCAUUGCACAUUGGGAAGGGGAUUAAUCAUAAAGAAAACCCCAAUGUUGAUGGAGUUUCUCAAGAAUCUUUAGAUGACAUGGAGUUAUUGCAGGAAUCAUAUCACUUCUUCGAAAGCUUCAAAGGACUCAUUGUUGGGUUCCUUCUGAGCUUCAAUGAUAGGGAGCGCAGUCGAUAUUUUUUUCUCGAAAGAACUCCCAUCAGUGCUUUUCAACUGAUAGAAUAUGAGCUCAGUUUCAUGUAUGAGGUUCUCCAUACCAAGGUAUUUGUGGCGCGACACAGAAUUGGCUACUUGCUCCGUUUAAUUACCUUCUGUUCAACCAUCGGUGCCUUGAUGUUGUUCGCUUCAGCUGAAAAAGAUGAGUUUAAGAAACAUGAGUUCGGUAAGUUUGACAUUGUUCUUACUUAUGCAUUGCUUGUCGGAGCCAUAGUCCUCGACACACUAUCUGUGUUGUUGAAGCUCAUUUUCUCUGACUGGACCAUCAUUGCCUUAAGAAACAUCUGGAGCCAAUGUUAUAUCCCUGCAUGGAUAUUGAAAAGACGAAGGUGGUCUGGAUCGGUGUCCCAGUAUAAUAUGAUAAGGAAUUGCCUGGAUGAGCGUCCAGAAUGGGUGUUCGCUAUUGGUGGUUUUCUGGGUUUUAGAGGAAUCCUAGAAAAGAUAAAAGUUUCAGUCUUUUCUUCCUCUGAGGAAUUCACGGAUGAGCUCAAGGGCUUCGUGUUUAAGCAGCUGAGGAUAAAAUCUUUGGAAGCAAACAACAGAAGAACCAACAUGGAGGCGUGCUCACAAAGAGGGGACUGGGCUCUCUGGUGGACUUCAGAUUACACGGAACUCAAAUGGAGUGUAAAGGAGUAUCAGUAUGCAGAAAGUGUUCUUCUGUGGCACAUUGCAACGAAACUCUACUUUGCAAAACCUGUGGAAGAUGCCGAUCAUGACGGAAAACGAAAAAUCUGCAAAAUACUUUCAGAUUAUAUGUUUUAUCUUCUGGUGAUGCAGCACAAGAUGAUGGCCCCGUUCUUGGGAAAUUGGCAUAUAGUCUUUCAGGACACUCGUGCAGAGACAAAGAGGUUCUUUUCGAAGCACUCAAUAUCUGAUCAUCGAAACGCCUGCGACAAGAUCACUGCUCUGAAGGCCGAAUACAGAUCAGCAGCUGUGAAGGGAAGUAAAAGCAAAUCUGUGUUGUUUGAUGCAUGUUACCUAGUAGGAGAGCUUGAAAAGUUGGACGGAGACUCGUGGGAGCUAAUGAGCGGAGUGUGGGUGGAAUUGUUGUUCUCUGCUUCCAUCAAAUGUAGACCAAUUGUACAUGCUCAGCAACCAAGUAGGGGUGGAGAACUUCUGACUUUCACUUGGCUACUGAUGACUCAUCUCGGCUUGGGAACACAAUUCUAUGAGCUCGAAAACCAUGCUGGAAAAAUGGUGCUGGUCAAGUGAAAUCAUCCAUCCAAGCUCCUUUAUCUUUUAUUUCUUUAGGGGGAUGAAAUAUAUUGUAUGACUUUUUUACAGUUUCUUUUCUUGGUGUGGCGAUCCGUCUGAAAUAAAAUGAACUUUAUCCGUCGAUUCAGUUCGGAUGAAAUUCCAAGUUCAGUAGCUCAUUUCACGG